AUGUCUGAAGUUAUUUUGUGGUCCUCUGCGCAAAUGGCGUCUUUCCCAGACUCCGAUCUGCAAACAUGUCCGCUGUGCAAGGAGCUGUGCGGCUGCUCUGCUCCGAUCUCCUCCAAUUCAUCUACCUCCUCCUCCUCUUCCCAGACCUCCAGCUCAUCAUCUACCUCAUCCAUUAGGAGACUGCACGUCCUGCCCUGUCUGCACGCCUUCUGCAGGCAAUGCCUGGAGGGCCACAGGAACCCCGGUGACCCUCUGAAGCUCAGAUGCCCCACUUGUGACCAAAAAGUCUCUCUCUCCGAAUCAGGCGUGGACGCCCUGCCCUCCUCCAACUUUCUCUUCAGCAAUCUGCUGGAUGUGGUGGUCUCUGCAGAAGAACAGGGGAAGAACGGUCGGCCUUCUUCGGUGGUCCACCAUGGUGGUUUGCUGAGACCUCAGCACCUCUCAGAUCCUCGGUGCAGCUCUUGUGAUGAGGGUAACACUGCUACCUCCCACUGCCUGGACUGCCAGGAGUACCUCUGUGAUAACUGCGUGCGGGCUCACCAGAGGGUCCGACUCACCAAAGACCACUUCAUCGAGGGGCUGAUGGAGAGCUUACACCUGGCCAACCGCACCAAUAACUCCAACACCCCAGUGAACAUCUCCCAGGCCUUCCACAACAGCUUCUCCAUGCUCAAUGUUUUCCAGGAGAGGAUGGAGUUCUGCCAGCAGCAUGAUAAUGCGGUGCUGCGUUUUUUCUGCGACAGCUGUUCCGUGCCAAUCUGUAGGGAGUGUAGUGUGGGCAGACAUGCAGGUCACAGUUUCACCUAUCUGCAGGAAGCACUGCAGGACUCCAGAGCUCUGACCAUCCAACUGCUCGCAGACGCACAGCAGGGCAGACAGGCCGUACAGUUGAGCAUUGAGAAAGCCCAGGCCAUUGCCGAGCAGGUGGAGCUGAAGGCAAAAGUUGUGCAGUCAGAGGUGAAAACCAUUACUCUCCGUCAAAAGAAAGCUCUGGAGGAGCGUGAGUGCGAGCUGCUCUGGAAGGUUGAGAAGAUCCGCCAAGUGAAGGCAAAGUCACUUUACUUGCAGGUUGAGAAACUACACCAGAAUCUCACAAAGCUGGAUAGUACCAUCGCCGCAGUGACGCAGGUACUAGAAGAAGGCCGUAGCAUAGAUGUCCUGCUAGCACGCGAGCACAUGUUAAAUCAGCUACAGGAGCUUAAGUCCCUUCACUGCAUCCUACAGCCCCAAGAAGAUGAUCGCAUCAUGUUCACUCCUCCUGACCAGGCCCUUCUGAUUGCCAUCAAGUCCAUGGGCCUCAUCAGCAGUGGAGCCUAUGCCACAGCUUCCAAAGCUCACGGUGAAGGCCUCAAGAGGUCACUGCAAGGAAAGCUAGCUUCCUUUACUGUGGUAGGGUAUGAUCAUGACGGUGAACCUCGGUUGUCUGGUGGGGACAGCGUGUCUGUUGUGCUAAUGAGUCCAAAUGGUAAUCUGUCCAGUGCAGAUGUUUCUGACCACCAAGAUGGGACUUAUACAGUCAGCUAUCUUCCUAAGAAUGAAGGUGAGCUAUUGCUGUCAGUGUUCAUAUGCAAUCAGCACAUUGAUGGAAGUCCCUUCAAGGUGAUGGUCAAGUCUGGCCGCAGUUACGGAAGUAUCGGCUUGCCCAUUGCUUCAUUUGGAGGAGAGGGCGAUGGGGAUGGGCAACUCUGCCGGCCUUGGGGCAUUUGCGUGGAUAAGGAAGGCUAUGUGGUGGUCGCUGACAGAAGCAACAACCGUGUGCAGAUCUUCAAGCCUUGCGGAACGUUCCACAACAAGUUUGGGACUUUGGGAUCGCGACCGGGCCAGUUUGAUCGGCCGGCUGGUGUCGCUUGCGACAGCCAGAGGAGAAUCAUUGUGGCAGAUAAGGACAAUCACCGCAUACAGAUCUUCACCUUUGAUGGCCAAUUUCUUCUCAAAUUUGGUGAGAAAGGAACCAAAAAUGGGCAGUUCAACUACCCUUGGGAUGUGGCUGUCAACUCCGAGGGAAAGAUCCUGGUUUCGGAUACACGCAACCACCGCGUGCAACUCUUUGGGCUUGACGGGACAUUCCUCAACAAAUACGGCUUUGAGGGUGCCCUCUGGAAACAUUUUGACUCUCCUCGUGGUGUGGCAUUCAAUCAGGAAGGCCACUUUGUGGUGACCGAUUUCAACAAUCAUCGGCUGCUCGUCAUUAGGCCCGACUGCCAAUCAGCACGCUUCCUUGGGUCUGAGGGAACCGGAAACGGGCAGUUCUUGCGCCCACAAGGUGUAGCAGUGGACCAGGAGGAUCGUAUCAUUGUGGCUGACUCCCGCAACCAUCGCAUUCAGGUGUUCGAACCCAAUGGCAACUUUUUAUGCAAGUUUGGAACUCACGGUAAUGGCUUCGGUCAGAUGGAUCGGCCCUCGGGUAUAGCGGUUACGCCUGAUGGAACGAUUGUUGCUGUGGACUUUGGAAACAACCGAAUCCUCAUGUUCUGACCUCCCAAGGUUUGAAACACAAAACUCUAACUGUGGACAACUGGGAAAAGGAGAUUUUGCACAUCUGUCAGGAUCAAAUGCAAUUGAAAGAUAGCAAGGUGACAACAGUUAUGGAGACUUGACAACUUUGUCUCGAUCAGUUCUUUAUCAUUUUAUACGGUUCUCACAAAUGCUUACCGUUACGGCACAGAGUUUUGAAUUCUACAAGAGUGUUUUGCUCUUGGUAUGCAUUUUCAAAUCUUUCUUUUUUUUUUCUCAGGGAAUUUCUUGCAUUCUUGAAAUAUUUUCUCUCUGCAUUACACCUACCUCAUCUAGCUUAAUGUAAUCGCGUUUGUGCAGAGACCUAUUCCGUGAAGUUUUAUAAAAGAACGUCUACCUCAGUGUUUUUUUUUUUUUUUCGUAGAAUGUGAGGACAUGACAUAUUAAAAAAAAGUAUGAAGCAAUGUUUAGUUAUUUGCACAGUUCGCACAAUUUUAUUUCCUAAUUGUUACUGUUCACAGGACACAAGUCACAUCCCUGAAUGUUUCUCAUAACGAUGGAUGACAAAAAAACAAGCUGCAUGUUUUGGCAGAAACAUUAGGAUAAUAUUUUGAUAUAUCUACUGCGUUGUUUUUGAAUUUUCAAGUACAUUUUAAAUCAGACUUCAUCUAACUCGUACCUUAUUUUAACCUCUUACCUCAUUUACCGUGAUAUACCUCUGGGUCCGUGAGCCUCAUUACACAUAUACCUCUCUUUAUGGUCAUUUCCAUUUGAAAAUUAUCCAAGUGGAGGCGAUUACCAAAAAGUAACCUUUGACUAUUGAUAAAAGUAAUGAAAGCUAUAUUGCUAAACUAGACAGAUUAAUGUAGUAAUGUGAUAAGUCUCUCUUUAUGUAAUCAAGACUUUUUGCUCUGGCUAUGACAAAUGUGACUCGGAGAAGAGUAGACACCCAUUAUUAUUUUAAAUGUGUUCUGGAAAAGAAAAUUAAGAAUUGGAGGGCAGUCUUUAAAGAUGAUAUUUAGAUCCAUUUAAUUUUUUGGGGUGGGACACUUAUUAAAAAGAAUGUAGACUCUAAAUGGAUAUCUAAGUGUAAAAAAAAAAAAAAAAAAAAGGCCUAGCCCUUGCCUUUGUGUUUAUUCAUUGUGAUUAUGAAAUAAUUUUUUUCUUUGAUUUAGGCAAAGUAAAACUCUUUAAGCAAUAGAAAUACAUGAUUGACACAUAACUGGCAAACAAUAAUACAAUACGGUUUCUCGAAGACUGAAAAGUUUUUUUGUCCCAAUUGUGAAAAUGUUUUCGUAUUGAACUUGUACAUCUAUAAAGGCCAAGUUCUUAGUUUUACCACACUGACUUUGUUAGAGUCCCAUUUACAAACAGCUGUAUCAGAUCACAAGUUGUUUUUUGUUGUUCUAUUGAUUAUAACAUGGCCUACAGUGCUUCCUGUGUCCAUUUAAAGAAAGAUCUCCAGGGAGACCAUUUUGAAUCAAUUUAGCCUAGUUUGAAAUUGGAUAGUUUGUGCCUGACUUGUGGGUAACCACUUUAAAGUGUUGUUUGCUUCUGCAUUCAAUUGAUUAAAAGAAAAACAAAAGGAAGCAAAGCAUUUGGAGGAAAGAAAAACACAGGAAAAAGUGUGUGUGUGUGUGUGUGUGUGUGUGUGUGUGUGUGUGUGUGUGUGUGUGUGUGUGUGUGUGUGUGUCACUGGUAUACAGCCGAACAUAAGCACAUGCAAUGAAAGCAUGACUGUAUAUCUCACCAAUGGCGUUCCAUACCUUUGAAUCGCCACAAGUCUCGUGAAAUUAAUUUUUCAAAGUGGUUAUGAGCAUUAUUAUUAAACAUUCAAGUUUUCCCUUUCUGGGAUUAAGUGGCCCACAUUCCCUUGUUAGUUUGUAUGAUCCUGUCCUUUUAAGACAAGCGUCAUGUGUGCAUUGUUUUGGUAGUUUUAAAAUGGAGAAGUGGCCAAUUGUGUGGUUGGCCCAAUUACAGAGCAAACCCUAUACAUUUGAUAAAUUUUUACAUGUUUAGGUGACAUUUAAAUUCAGCAAAUUGUGGGAGAGCUAGAUGACCUGUUGGCAAGCGGUCAUGAUGUUUUGUCUUGGCCUUGUUCUUGUCAUCUGUCAGUCUAGUAAUCUUGUGUACUAUCAGUCCAAUCAUAAGUAUUAGUAAGCUUGCAUGUAGUUACCCGUGCCUUGUCAUGAUGCUAGAAAAAUAAUCACAUUUGAAUGUCUUUGCCAAAGGAUGACUAUAGGAAAUGGUCAAGUGCCAAAAAUUAUUCUGAAGGUCUCUGAGAUGAGCAUUUGAUUCUUGUUUAUUAAGUAGAUCUCUUUGAAUUUGCUCACCUGACUUUUUGCUUACAUAUACACUGAUCAGCCACAACAUUAAAACCAC